AUGUUUAUGGAUUUCUAUUAUAUGUCUGUUUGUAAGCAAUAUCAGUAAAACGUCUUAUAAUAAAGAAGCGAUAAAAAUACUAAACUAAAAGGAGUAUCGAAAGAAUGACAUGAGUGUAUGAAAUAAAAAUUCGUUUAUAACAAAAAAAUAAACAUUAUAAUAUUAAGAAAUAAACAGAACAGAAAAAAAUCCGAAUUUUAAUCAAAUUGUCAUCGACUUGAUUUUUAUUACCCAGUCUACAAUCUACAAUUAUGUUGGUCUCCUGCAAAUGUUUAAAUUUUAUUGCGGUUAUCCAUAGCCAACAACUGCCGGCUAACUCUGCACGUGAAGCAACGUCUGUCUUUGGAAUAAAAUCUAAUAAUGGUACGGUUGCAGAAGCAGCUAAUUCCACCCAAUGCAAUAAUUAUAACGAAUCAACAACUUUAUCAGAUGCUUUAAGGAAAAUAUUUCUGCAAAAAUAUCCAAGGAAUUUUGUAUUCUAUUCCAGCUGUAUAGAAUUUUUUAAACAGGCAAUUGGCCCAGUGACAGAUUUAAGUGUAAACAGUAUCAGCCAACGUGAUUUGAUAUAUAGCUUGACCGUGGAAUUAAAUGAAACCGAAGCUUGGCAACUGAUUAUCUGCAGCAAUUGCAAUAUGGUUCUAUGUGCUAAACAACUAACCGACUCUACCAGCGGUGUUACAUCGCAACAAUAUCUUGUCAAUUGUGCUUUACUGACAAAUCACGACGAGGUGUCGCGCAAGCGUUGCGAUAAAUCAUUUUCCGAAACCUUCGGUAUACUUAUUAUCGAUCAUGACAAUAACAAUAAUUAUAAUGAACAAAAUGCUCAUAAUUUUCCAAUGGGCUUGUUGUCCACAUCUUUGGCUUCAGCAGCGAAUUUGGACUCAAAACUGAUGCGUCAAAGACAAUUGCAGUGCAAUUUACAGCAACGUUUGCAGCAAGAGAUAACUGAAACAGACGAGCGUAUACAACGAUACGCGGAACAACAAUUUGCUUUAUUAAAGAGCUUUCGCGAGAAAUCCGAACAAGAAUAUCAAAUGCUUAUGAAACUCAUUCAUUGCAUUCCCGAGCAACAAGCCAAUGAAUGGUUAGAUCCAAUACCACCACUUUUAGAGUUAAACGGAAGCAAUACGCUUUUUAGCUACGGUUCAUCUCGCCGCAAUACGAUCUCCAGCCGUCGAGAAUUGAAUACAGCCCCUAGUACCCCGAUCACGCCCCAGCAACCUAUGAACAUUUUCCCAUCUAAUGUCGAAAAAGGGACACAAAUUGCCAUGACUUCAUUAGUGUCGCCGAGUGCUGCAGACAACAAUAUGGACCAAGCGUCAACUGUUGUCAGCAGUACCAUGUCGAAUCGAAAGGUUUCCAAUUUCGAUACACCACCUGAUACUCCCGAGGGUGUUUCGAUGAGUGUGGGGAAUAGUCCUACAUUUCGUCAACAGCAACAACAACAACAACAACAACAUCAUACAGUUCAGGCUAUGGGCCAAAACACUUUUCAACAACAAGUUGCCACCCCCACUUUGGAAGCUGCCGAUGAUUGUUUAUUUGAGCUAGAAGGCAUAGAAAAUGCAACAACUAAUCCGGAUGAUUCAUUUUUAAAUACUACGAUCUCGGCGAACAUUUUGCAAAACUUGUCAUCGCCAUUACGCUCUAAUAACAGAUCUAAUGUUGCGCAACAACAACAUCAAAGUAAUGUCAUGCAAAUGACAACGUAUGGAUUUCAACGUAACUUAAGCAUUACACAAAGGCAACAACAGCGCGAGAAUCGUAUGAGUGACCUAUACGAAAGUGAUAGCGCUGAAGAGGGCGAAGAUGCCUUAGAAUUGGACGUAUCCUCGCCUAUGGUCAUGCAAACACCACCCGGCAGACGCAUGUCCUCCUCUAAUAACGGUGCACAAAUGAUGAAUUUUGCCAAAAGUUUGCCUAUAGAAAUUGCCCACUCUCCAAUGGCAAGCGAUCGCAAUUGUAUAGCCACCGGUGCUGAUAAGGACGGAAAGGAAUUGGAUAAUAACGUGGAUAUAGCAGCAAGCAUUAAGGCUUUGGCGAAGAGUGUGCACGGAGAGGCUGUUUUUGGAGAAUUGCCACGUCCCCUUUUGCGUUCUCAAAUUUAAGGCAAUAUUUAAUAUUUUUUACGUUUUUUAAAGAAAAUUUUUAGAAU